UUUGGCUGCGUUUUCGAACAAGAUGACUACCUUCAUGAGCAAGAUAUCCAUGAAAAUCGAAAUGCUGCCAGAACCCGCAUGCCAGAACCUCCAGUGCCCGCGGUAUUGGGUAAACUUCAAUGAUAGCUGUUACUACUUUUCAACUCAAGAAGCCACGUGGAACUCCAGCAAGACAUACUGCUCCCUGCGACACUCCCAACUUGUCAGCAUUAACACAGCUGAAGAGCAGUACUUUCUUGAAAUGGAGAGUAACUCCAAAUUAUACUGGAUUGGCCUGCAUGAUCUCGAGACCGAGGACAAUUGGCACUGGGAGGAUGGCACAGAUUACAAGACCACUCCAAAGUUUUGGGAUGAAGGAGAACCCAACAAUGUUGAUGAUGAGGAUUGUGCCCACUUCAACGAAAAUAGACUGUGGAAUGACAACAAGUGCUCUGUGAAACUCUUCUUCAUCUGCGAGCAAAACAGCAAGCCAAACAAAAUUCCUGAUCAAUUGGAUUGAAUUGAAUUGAAUUUAUUUUCACGUGCGCCUUUUCACGUGGAAAGGAUGGACACCGCAGUAAUGCACACAAUGUUCUCUGACUCAGUUAGUUAGCAUUUAUGAUUUGGAGAUGCUGGUGUUGUACUGGGAUGUGCAAAGUUAAAAAUCACACAACACCAGGUUAUAGUCCAACAGAUUUAAUUGGAAGCACUAGCUUUCGGAGCGACGCUCCUUCAU